AUGGCGGAGACAGUCUCUUCCUCAGUUGAACGAACUGCUCGGCGGGCUUGUGAUCGAUGCUCCCGUCUGAAGACACAAUGCGACUUUACCGAUCCUUGCGCCAGGUGUAGGCGUCUUGGAUUGGAUUGCACAAUGCGGAGACCAGUCCGGCAACGAGGCCGCCCUAAGAGACGAACCGUUGGCGGGUCAGAAAGCCGCACCAACGAGGUUACGUCUCCAUUUGACGUCGAGGAUCAGCUGAUGAACGAUGAUGAUUUGAUUCCUCUGGAAACAAAUUCGAAUAGAGCUCUAUCUCCCGAUGCCAUCAAUUCUGUACUUCGGAAGGACCCAGGCUCAGAUGUGAAUCCUAACUUGGCUGCAGCUCUUCUGCAACGCCUGUUCUCACUUGGUGAAGGACUAGGCAUUUACAGUGUCUUCUUCACGGGUGUCGAAGCUUCGCUAGAUAUCCGUUCUUCGGACUCUGAAGGGCUUUCUGGAAUUGAAAUGGAUUCGGAGGUGGUUUUGCAUAAAAAUGACGCUCAUCCGUGGACUCCUCAGUUGGUCUAUGGCCUUCUAGCAGUAGCGCUCGAGAUAAAUUCUCGUUCCGUCUUGGACUCUCGAUGGGAAUCAUCACAGCUGGACAAAGACUCUCUGAGAACAAACAGUUUGAAUUUACUACCGCGUAUGACUUGGAUUUACCAGCCAUUGGUUACUGACGCCCUUGUCUUGUUGUCUUACAGUUGGACUUGGUGUUUCACUGAACACCUUUCCCACAUGUCCUUGCGAUGGUACAUGAUGGCGCGAUUGAUGUUCGAAGAAACUGGUCGGAAAGACAGUCUCAGCUCUCGGGUGGAGAUAGGAAUGGAUGUACAGGGUCUAUCACUAUCACUACUCCUCUUUCGGGAUGACCUGUCAACAUCCAAAACACCGCAAAUUUCGGUACCCGCUGAAAUCAAUGCGGCUCAUCCUCCGUGCUCAUACUGGGGCCUUUUUCGCUGCUUGAGAAGUGCCUUUGGUCAAGUUCUCCAGGAGCCUGUGAUAGCCACACGCACUUGGCAUGAAGCGCGUAUGGGACUGGAGGAUUUCUUUUUUGACUUCCCCACCAACCUACUAAGGUUUGACAACAUUGAGAACCUCUAUCAAGCCGAAUUCAUGGUCUGGAUGCACGGCCUAUUCAUCCUGUUAUACACCAAACGAGACCUUCUUGACAUUCUUCUGAACCCCAGCAUUCUGACUGAUGAAACCCUUCCGCGUGCACUUGACCAUUCCCUCUUGCUGGGAGAAGUCCUUCCCACGUUUCAACGACUCGAAAGCCGCAUGGAAAUGCUUUCUGCAAUUACUGUAUACUUCGUCCUUCUAUCAUCCACAGUUCACGCGGCAGCUCUCCUCAGCUGCUCGCUCGGAGACGAAGCUUCAACGUCGGGCGAAGCAGUCCCCGUGCCCCCAAAACUUGCAGGAUCUAGCUGGACACACUUAGGGACGCUUACUUUGAUCGAAAGCUGCUGCAAGAGGUACGACCUUCCUAUCGUUGGGGAGAUCCGCAAGUUACUUGCCGCUGCCUAUGGUCGAGCGGUUCACGGGUCGCACGGGGCAGACGGGGUGGACGCAAAGGUGCUUAUGUUGUAUCGUUGGAAGGGUCGGGGAGCUGGUAUCCUGCGCCUGGAUCCGGAUACGGCAGAGUCUGAAUGGGGAUUCCCACAGCCGCCGAACGUAGACAUCCUGGGGCUCGUACCGAGACAUGGGUCCCAGUGCCACCGGCUUCUCGCCGAGCUGUGUUCAUCCAAAAGCCGCCUUUCUAAACCGGGAUACUUUGAUAUGAGCAUACUUGUUUGA